CACACUUUUCUUCUAAAUCAAGUAUAACCAUUGUUAUUUUUAAUGGCUUCUUCUUCUUCCCCCUCUUCUUGCAAUUGGUCAUAUGAUGUAUUUCCAAGCUUCAGCGGAGAAGAUGUCCGCAAGACAUUUCUCAGCCACUUUCUAAAGGAGUUGGAUGGGAAACUGAUCAUUGCUUUCAAAGACAAUGAGAUUGAGAGAAGCCUAUCGAUUGGUCCUGAGCUUAUACAGGCAAUUAGGGAUUCAAGAAUUGCGGUGGUUGUGUUCUCCAAAAACUAUGCCUCUUCAACUUGGUGCCUUAACGAGCUCCUGGAGAUCGUGAAAUGCAAGAAAGAUUUGGGUCAACUUGUGAUACCAAUUUUCUACCGUUUGGAUCCUACUCAUGUGAGGAAACAAACAGGAGACUUUGGGGAUAUCUUUAACAAGACAUGCGAAUAUAAAACAGAGGACGAGAAAACUAGAUGGAGAGGAGCUUUGACAGAUGUGGCUAAUAUCCUUGGAUAUCAUAUUGUCACUGGGGCUAAUGAAGCAAGCAUGAUCGAAAAAAUAGCCAAUGAUGUUUUAGGUAAACUGCAGUUAUCUCCAUCAGAUAAUGAUUUUGACGAGUUUGUCGGAAUUGAAGAUCAUAUCAAAAAGAUGAGUUCGUUGUUGUCCUUGGAAUCUGAAGAAGUGAGGAUGGUUGGGAUAUGGGGUACCUCCGGAAUUGGCAAGACUAUCAUCGCAAGAGCUCUAUUUAGUAGACUCUCUCGUCAGUUCCAAAGUAAAAUUUUCAUAGACAGAGUUUUCAUAUCUAGAAGUAACAAAGAAGGAGCUGAUCUAGUUGACUAUAACAUGAAGCUGCACUUGCAACGACAUUUUCUAGCUGAACUUCUAGGUAAAAAGGAUAUAAAGAUAGAUAAUAUAGGUGCAAUAGAAAAGAUGCUCAAGCACCGAAAAUCUCUUAUCAUUAUCGAUGAUUUGGAUGACCAAGACGUGCUAGAUGCUAUAGCGGGUAGAAGUCAAUGGUUUGGAAAUGGGAGCAGAAUCAUUGUGGUUACAAAAAAUAAGCAUCUCUUAAGGGCUCAUGGGAUUGAUAACAUUUACGAGGUGUGUCUCCCAUCCUACGAACUUGCUCUUGAGAUGUUUUGUCGAUCUGCUUUCAGGAAGAACUCUCCACCUCAUGGUUUUUUGGAGCUUGCUUCCGAAGUUGUAUCUCGUGCAGGUAACCUUCCUUUGGGUCUUAGCGUUUUGGGCUCUUCUUUACGGGGUAGGGAAAAAGAAGACUGGGACGAUAUGAUGCCGAGGCUUCGGAAUGGCUUGGAUGGAAAAAUUGAGAAAACACUAAGAGUCAGUUACGACAGGUUGGAUAACAGGAAGGAUGAAGCAAUAUUUCGUCACAUUGCAUGCAUGUUCAAUGGCGAGAAAGUCGAUGACAUCAAACUGCUACUAGCCGAUAGUAACGAUGUUAAAUUUGGGCUUAAAAACCUAGUUGAUAAAUCCCUCAUCCAAGAAAGAUACCAUACUGUAGAGAUGCACUCUUUGCUUCAAGAACUCGGUAAAGAGAUUGUCCGUACACAAUCGGUUGAGCCUGGUGAACGGGAAUUCCUUGUGGAUUCUAAAGAUAUCUGCGAAGUACUUGGAGACAACACUGGUACUAAAAAGGUGUUGGGUAUAGCAUUGAAUAUAGAUGAGUCUGAGGAACUGGAUAUACAUGAGAGCGCCUUCAAAAAAAUGCGCAAUCUCCUUUUUCUAAAAAUUACAAAUAAGGAAUGGUACAUGAGGAGAGAAUGGCACUUACCGGAAGGCUUAGACUAUUUUCCCCCUAAACUGAGACUAUUGUGUUGGGAUAAUUAUUCAGGGAGAUGUUUGCCUACUAAAUUUGUUCCUAAAAAUCUUGUCAAGAUCCAGAUGCAGGGGAGCAAACUCGAGAAGCUGUGGGAUGGAGCUCAUUCACUUACAGCGCUUAAGAAUAUGGAUUUGAGGGGAUCUAAGGAUUUGAAAGAAAUUCCAGAUCUUUCAAAGGCCACUAGUCUCGAGACCCUUAAUCUGAGCCACUGUUCAAGUUUGGUGGAGCUCCCUGCCUUCAUUCAGUAUCUCAAUAAACUGAGUGAAUUGGACAUGUCAUUCUGCAGCAGUCUGGAGACUAUUCCCACCGGAAUCAACCUCAAAUCUCUCCACAACGUCAAUCUUGAUGGAUGCAUUCUGUUGAAGAGUUUUCCCGACAUCUCAACCAACAUCUCAGAGCUCCAUCUAAACCAAACAGGGAUUGAAGAGGUUCCUUCGUGGAUCGAAAACUUCUCUCGCCUCGGCUGGCUAUAUAUGUAUGGGUGCAACAGUUUACAACGUGUGUCCCUUAACAUGACGAAACUGAAGCAUCUUCAUAAGGCUGAGUUUUCAGAUUGCGCGGCGCUGACUGAUGGUAGCUGGAAUGAUAGCUCAAGUGAGGUGGCGGCCAUGUCAACAGACGAUAUUCAGCCAAAGUUCCUUGAAGAUGAGCCUUCCUGUCCUCCAGAGGGCUAUUUCUCAAUGUUGAACCUUAGUUUCAUCAACUGUGACAACUUCGAUCCAGAAGCUAUGAUUAAACAACAAUCAGCUUUGAUGGAAAUGAUUAUAUUAGGUGAAGAAGUGCCUUCUUAUUUCACUCAUCGUACCACUGGAACCUCUCUCACCAAUAUCCCUCUGCCUCGCAUCUCUCCCUCACAACCACUCUUCAGUUUUAGAUGUUGCGCCGUGGUUGAUGCUGCGGGACCUCUUUCAUUUGAGAUCGAGACUUGUUUUCGGUUCGUAGACAUACUCGGGAACCAUGUGGAAUCUGUUGACUUAGUGCGAGACUUCUCAACAACGAAGAUGGGUAGUUAUCUGGUUAUAUUCGACUCUUACUUCCCUCUUAUGCUUGAAGAAAUUGCUGCUCUAGCUGAUCAGCUUAAGGGCGGUUCCAUGGAUAUACAGUUUCGUCUCGUUAAAGAAGACUCUCAGCUUCAAUUAAAAGGUUUUGGUAUACAAUUUCCCGAUCGAGAUCACUCAAUCCCUGGAUGAUGAAGAUGGGAACACUACUCAAGAAACUGGUGAAUUGUUAUGUAGCCGAUCCGCACACUAAAUGGUAGCGGCCCCUCUGCUUUGAGUUCUAAAAGACAUGAGGUUCUUCGACCUGUCUUUUGAACUCGUCUUCUCUGUACUGGCAGUGUAUUGUUUAUGUAAACACUAUUAAUUAUGUUUUGAUCAAACCAACUUUUAUAAAUAAAUCUUAGUCUUCAACAAA